AUGGUCGAAGCCAUGCCGCAACAGGAGGAAGCCACCUCGCUGCCGCCCCAGGCUGACACCCAAAAGCAAAAACAGCAGACGCAGCAGACGCAGAGAGACAUGGAAGAAGAAAAGAGACUCUCGUCUGGCACAGAGUCUGGCACAGACUCUGAGGACUCCGAGGACGACGAUGACGAUGUGACCACCGAGCACGAUUCCUUUGAAGACGCCGUCGAUAGGUCCCCGGUUGAUGCGUCCCCCGCACGCUCUCUCACCAAGAGAUCUGUCUCUGUCUCGGUCCCUAAGCCGGAACCGCCAUCCUCCGAUCGAUCCCUAGACUCGCCCCUCGAGCCAGCCUCGAGUAAGACACAGGGCUCGGAAGAUCCCAAGGACCGCAGAGACAGCAAAACCGACGACGAGGACUCAGAAGACUCGAGCGACGACGAGAGCAUGGACGAGAGACCGCCCGUCCCACGAAAGCCAUCCGUUUCCCACCGCAUCUCCAACACAUCCAACCUCGACAACGUUAGCCUUGACGACGAAGCUCCGCCCCCACCGCCUCCCAACGACCCGAAGAGCCCCGAAGAAAGACCACCGCUUCCUAAGACAAUAUCGCUACACAGCAUCACAAAUUCUCUUCCUGCUAUGCCAUGGUCCCCGCAUCCCGAGUCGCCCUCUAAAAGCCCUGCCCCGCCAUCUGCCACCAUCGCACCUCCACCGCCUCCUCCAUCUCAACCCGCGCCCCCUGCUCGAAAGCUCACUAGCCCCUUCUCCUGGCUCUCGAGAAACUCUACAAGCAAGGAGAAGGAGCCCCUCCCUCCUCCACCCACGCAGACGACACGACGAAACACGGCCAGCUCGAUUGCCACACUUAUGAGCAACCCCGAGAUGAUGCUGAGCAAGCUGGAGGAAGAGAAGGACGGCGGCUCGCCUUCCAUGGAUGGCCCACGCCGAAUGAGUCUUCGCGACAGGUUCAAACAACUUCGACUGCAAGAAGAGGCUGCCCUUGCGAAUGGAGAGAACCAGGAUACCGAAGGAGCUACUAAUGCGACCGGCCUUGGCCUCAUUACAACUGGAGAGGAGCUUUCCGCAGGCGAGAAGCCCCUGCCAUCCCCAGUCCCAAAUCCUACUUCUGGCCUGGCGCCAGGAACCAUGUCAGGCGUGAAUGCAGGUCCCUCCGCCAUCUCGGAAAGUCAGGUCGAUUGGGAUCUCUGGCAGUCGGUCGUCUACGAAGGCCCGGCUGCUGUUGCCCGGACAAGCGCAGAGGAGUUGAACAGGGCGAUCGCAACUGGUAUCCCUAGUGCGAUUAGAGGAGUUAUCUGGCAAGUUUUGACGAACAGCAAGAACGAGGAUCUGGAAGUGGUCUACAAAGAUUUGAUUUCCCGGGGAACAGAUAAGAGCAAAGACCGCCAUAGCAACAGCACCACCAACAGCGCCCUGAGCAAUGGGAACCUCAGCGUCCAGAGCGGCGAUGCCAUUACAUCCUCAGCCUCCUCCGUCAACUCGGACAACUCUGGACCCAACAGUAUGCCGUCGCCAAACACUGAAAAGAGUUCAGAGGCGAUCUUGAAAGCUCAGGCUGCGGCCGCAGCGGACCGAAAGCGAAAGGAGAAGGAGGACGCUGCCAACCUGCAGAAACUUGAAAAGGUCAUCCGCCGCGACCUUGGUGCUCGUACUAGCUACUCUAAGUAUGCAGCUGCGUCGGGGCUCCAGGAAGGGUUGUUUGGAGUGUGCAAGGCAUAUGCCCUCUUUGACGAAGGCGUUGGAUAUGCCCAAGGCAUGAACUUCCUGAUCAUGCCGUUGCUAUUUAACAUGCCCGAACAAGAGGCUUUCUGUCUCCUCGUACGAUUAAUGAACCACUACAAGCUGCGAGACCUGUUCAUUCAGGACAUGCCUGGAUUACAUAUGCACCUCUACCAAUUCGAGCGGUUGUUGGAGGACUUCGAGCCAGCCUUGUACUGUCACCUCCACCGACGAGGAAUUUCCCCUCAUCUCUAUGCCACCCAGUGGUUCCUGACACUCUUCGCCUACCGUUUCCCCCUUCAACUAGUACUCCGCAUCUAUGACCUGAUUCUCUCCGAAGGUCUGUCAGCCAUCCUGCGAUUUGGAAUUGUUCUUAUGCAAAAGAACGCGUCCACUCUUCUUGGACUUUCCGACAUGCAGCAACUCACCACCUACCUAAAAGAUAAGUUGUUCGACGUCUACAUCGACAAGGACCCAAGCCACGGUAGUCUUCUUGAUAAUGGCUUCUUUGGGAGCUCGAGCUCUAAUAUGGACAAGGAGGUCUAUCGGGCAGACCAGCUUGUUAAGGAUGCCUGUGAGGUCAAAAUGACGCCCGAAAUGUUGAAGGCGUACACUGUGGAGUGGGAAGAGAAGACCAGAGCGGAGAAGGACCGAGAAAACGAGGUCCAGGAGCUCCGAGCUGCGAAUCACAACUUUGCCAUCAGAGUCCGGAGGUUGGAAGAGAGGGUUGAGGUCAGCGAUCGUGAGCAAGCUGAUUUCGCCACGGAGCUGGUUCGCACCAAGGUUGAGAACGAGGAGCUCAAGGAUGAGAAUGAGAGCAUGAAGGGUCAGGUCCGGGAGUUACGGAUCGUCAUUGAGAAGCAGCCAGAGGAGAUCGAAGAGAGCUGGAAGCUUGAACGCGACGACCUGAUGAAGCGUAAUCUUCAUGUCCAUGAAGAGAACCAAAAACUGGAGAAGGAAUUGUCCGAACUAGAGGAAGAGCUGGUGUCGACCAAGAUGCGCUAUGCAGAGAUUAAUUCUCAGCAUGAGACCCUCAACCGCAAAUGGACCGACCUCAAGCGCCAGUUCGUUUGA